CACGCCAAUAAUUAAAAUUCUUCCAAUGACAUUACAAGCGUAAAUACAUACUUGCAUUGGUAAUUAUGGACCUGCAAAAUGCAGACGAUGCCAAUUGUAAAUGCCAAUCGUGUGCAGUUAUUUAGGCACUAAAAGCGGUUAUUGCUGUUAAUACGUGCGAUGCCCCAUCAGUUACAUUAUUGACGCAAAAGAAAGCGGUACAAAUUGAAAUAAGCGAUCGCGUCACAAAGCCAUACAUAACUAUAAUUAUCUGUGAAGUUUUAAUAUGAAUAAGUCUGGUGGUUGUGCAAUGAGAGCUUGGGACAUUGGAUUAUUUGUCUCCUUGAUUCACUUUUUCUUGGUUGGUUUGAAUAUUACGCAAGCGCGCGUGUUGCCAUUCGUAUACAGCAGAACAAUCUUUCAAAAUUUUGAAGCAAAUAAGCACGUCAAUGAAUCAGGUGGUUUUAAUCGCUUCGAAGGUGGCCGGGGUGGUCUCGAAAGGUUCGGCUACUUCGAAUUUACGCCGAACGGUACAGUGAUAUUGCGGGGAUCCGCGGGAAAUAACGCCAAUAUGCCGAAUAUCCUAUUUCUCAAAGCUGCGACCGGGGGCUUCAAAACGUAUCCACGGCGAGUGGCCAGCUAUAGCAAAGGCAACAUCAAAAUCUAUGGCGACGGCACCGAGCACAAAUUUCCGCCGUUUCUGGAGCAUAUAAUUCAGCGCAUCCAAACGUAUUUCUCUGUUUAUAAAUACACGGAUACCAGCGCGGCGCAAAGUUCUACAGUGCAGGGAGAAAAAAUAAGUUCCGAAUUCAACAGUACAUCAUCCGUAGGGGUCCAAUCUACAAUGCAAGAAGACAAAGGCGAGUACAAUGAGUUCAUAGAGAUAGGCGAGCACGACAUCGAUGUCAUAGUUGUGGGUGUGGACUGA